AUGGGUAUAAAACCACCAAAAGGUGUUAUACUAUAUGGUCUGCCUGGCACUGGCAAAACCCUACUCGCCAAGGCUGUCGCUAAUCAGACUUCAGCGACCUUCCUCCGUGUUGUGGGUUCAGAGCUUAUCCAGAAGUACCUAGGAGAUGGGCCAAAAUUGGUUCGUGAAUUGUUCCGCCUGGCUGAAGAAAAUGCCCCAAGCAUCGUUUUUAUAGAUGAGAUUGACGCCGUUGGAACCAAACGGUAUGACUCAAAUUCUGGUGGGGAACGCGAGAUCCAACGGACCAUGUUGGAGUUACUAAAUCAGCUUGAUGGUUUUGACUCUCGUGGUGACGUCAAAGUGAUUAUGGCCACAAAUCGUAUCGAGACAUUGGAUCCAGCGCUGAUCAGACCGGGAAGAAUAGACCGGAAAAUCGAGUUUCCACUACCCGACGAAAAGACCAAACGUCGGAUUUUCACCAUCCACACAAGCAGGAUGACACUAGCUGAGGACGUCAACAUAGAGGCGUACGUCACGUCCAAAGAUGAACUGUCCGGUGCUGAUAUAAAAGCCAUUUGCACAGAAGCUGGUCUCCUUGCCUUGCGUGAGCGCAGAAUGAAGGUAACCAACGAGGACUUCCAGAAGGCCAAGGAAAACGUGCUGUACCGAAAGAGUGAAGGAACUCCCGAAGGUCUUUAUCUGUAG